GUAAAGCUAUCUAGCAUAUUCUGUGUGAAGAUGGUAACAAAGAAAACCAUUUGUUUGCUUUACAUUUUCUAUGUUCUCUUGGCAAAUCUUUGUUGUGGUUUGGUUACAAACCCUGACUGUUUUGGGAAGAUUUGGUUCCCACAUGAAGGGGGUGCAGGUAGUGUAGAGGGAGAUAUUAGUGGCGGUGCACCCGCACCCGGACCGAGAGGUGAUGCACCGAGCGGAGAACCCCCGGUUGCACUAGGGUAUGGCGAUCUACCUAGACAUGGUACAAGCGGAGGACGUCACAGACUUUAUCCGGGUGGCGGAAUUGGUGGAGGCAGUACAAGAAGAGACGACAAUCAUGAAGAAAGGACUCAUUUAAUGGUGGAGACACCGAUGAAGGCAUUAAUCAAUCCUCAGGGAGAAAUGGUGGCAGCCGAGGAGAUGCGACAAGUGGUGAAAGCUAUGGACGAUGUUGGAGGAGGUGACUACCGCUACAAGAUGUUUGGGUCACCAGUUUAAUAAUAUCUAUUUAGGAAUGAAGUUGAUCAUGUAGUAGCAACCAUAUGAAAAAUUAUUGUAAAAUGCAAUUGAAGUAUUAGUUUUGGUAACAUAAUAUGUAUUCUCCCAUUUUAGCAUGAAAACAUUGACAUAAAUUGCAUCAUGUGUUUGGAGACGUUGUUGCAUGUUCCAUUACCGGCUUAACCUUUAAUUAAGCAAGAAUGUGUCUCAUGACUCUCAUUAGUUAUAUGAUAAGGAACCCCG